GGCAAAAUAAAGUAGUCGGUAAAUAUCAGCUCGCUUACAGAAAUGUGAGAAAACCGUCUCGUCGUGGCCGUGGACGUUAUACAUGAGUAUCCAUCACUUGGAAUACGGACGCUUACAAGUCCCGCACUGCAAUACAUAAUCAGAAAUGACCUGUGUUCAAAGUCAACAUGGAGUUCAGAGCUCCCUCUUCAGCUCAGAGUUUUUGAAUCCUGACUUCACCUCCAGGUUGGCCAUGGAUGUAAGUGACCAGCGGGACCAGCUAUCUACGCCCUCUCUACCCAGCAUCACCUCACUGGUCGGAGGCUACAUGGGCGAGUUUGACACCUACUCCUGCCAGAUUGCCACAGGUGCUGCAUCUACCUGUGCAGGCAUCACCUCCGGACAGGACUCCGCAUUCAAGCUGGAUGACCUCCAUGUGUACGGCUGCUACCCAGGCACAUUUGCUUUGAGUUACCUGGAUGAGACAUUGUCCUCCUCAGGUGGGUCAAACUGCUUUGGAAGACCAGCCUCUGCUCCGUCACCCUCCACCCCUGGGUUCCAGCCUAUGUCGGCCUGGGAUAGCACCUAUGGUCCUUGCUCCCCGGAUGAUGGCUGCUGGACUUCUGAGAAAACACCUCUGGCUCAGACUCCCUCAUACUUAAAUUUUGGGCAUGUCACAGCCAAUGAGCUUUCUCCCUUGGGCCAGAUGCAGUCUCAGCUCCCAGAUCAGGACCCGUUCUCUCAAACCUCGCAGCACGGUUCUCCUCUUCCCUUCAGUCCGCUCAGCCUGGAGCAGGGCAGUCGGGAUGGGUCUGCACUGAUGGACGGACAUCUCUCCCCUAAAGUUAGAAGCCCCACAGGAAAUGAGGGACGCUGUGCAGUGUGUGGAGACAAUGCUUCCUGCCAGCAUUAUGGGGUGCGCACCUGUGAAGGAUGCAAGGGCUUUUUCAAGCGUACUGUACAAAAAAAUGCCAAGUAUGUGUGCCUUGCCAACAAAGACUGCCCAGUGGACAAAAGGCGGCGAAACAGAUGCCAGUUCUGCCGCUUCCAAAAGUGCCUAGCUGUAGGAAUGGUAAAAGAAGUUGUGAGAACAGACAGCCUGAAAGGUAGAAGGGGUCGUCUGCCAUCCAAGCCAAAAGUUGUCCAAGACUCAGUGUCUGUCUCCUCCCCUGUAAACCUCAUCGCCUCUCUCAUCACUGCCCAUAUUGACUCAAACCCUGCCAGUGGAAAUCUGGACUACUCAAAGUAUCAGGAAUCAGUAUCUGGAUUGUCUGAGAAGGAGGAUGCCAACGACAUACAGCAAUUUUAUGACCUGCUAACAGGAUCAAUGGAUGUUAUCAGAAAGUGGGCUGGAAACAUCCCUGGAUUCAACGCCUUUUGUAAGGAAGACCAAGAGCUUCUCCUGGAGUCAGCAUUUGUUGAGCUAUUCAUACUUCGGCUAGCCUACAGGUCAAACCCUGAGACAGACAAACUUAUUUUCUGCAAUGGUGUGGUUCUCCACCGGACGCAGUGUGUGCGAAGCUUUGGUGACUGGAUUGACUCAAUCAUGGAGUUCUCUCAAAGUUUACAUCGCUUGAACUUGGAUGUCUCGUCUUUCUCCUGCCUUGCCACACUGGUCAUAAUCACAGAUCGUCAUGGCCUGAAAGAGCCCAAACAGGUCGAGGACCUCCAAACCCGCCUGAUCACAUGUCUCAGAGACCAGGUCUCCACAAGUGCCCAUGAAGCCACCCGGCCCAACAACUUGUCCCGACUCCUGGGCAAGCUUCCUGAGCUGAGAACACUGUGCACUCAGGGUCUCCAGCGAAUCUUCUACCUUAAACUGGAAGACUUGGUCCCUCCUCCACCAAUUGUGGAUAAAAUCUUCAUGGACACAUUGCCAUUCUAAUGAGAUUUUAUAUGUGGACAACCGAAGUGACUUAAACUGGUGAAAAAUACGGAUAUGAGCAGUUUGAUGUUUGGGGAUCUUAAAGGACUGUAUUGCUUGCUGUUCUCUGCUUUCUUUCAAUGGAAUCAGAGAAAGAUGACAUUCUACUUACACCCGAGUUUGGAUCCUAAGUUACAGAGUCUUCAAAAGUAAAUUCAUUAAGACAUCCAGUAGCAUUUCAGGUCAAUGGUGCAAAACAAAGAGAAAAUCAAACGUCCUGUAUGUGGUUUCUAUAUGAAAGAAAUGCAUGCAGAUAUUCCCAUAAAAUCAGUAUUAGACAUAUUAUCAGAGGUCAUAUUCAAAAUAUAAAAGCAUCUAAGUAUCCAACUGAACAUCCAAUUUCCCGUAAACCAUUACCUGUGGUUUAUGGGAGGUUAGAAA